CGCCCAGCCAAGCCAUCCCGCUCGGCUCGCUCGGGUUCAGCCCGCCGGCCGGCGCCUGCCGCGAUGCCUUAGCGUCCCUCGAGCUGCCCCAGCGGACUCAUUCCUGGCAGUCAGCUGUGCUGUGGCUAGUCACAUGUGCUUGGUGGGCUCUUGAUGGGCCUCUAGCUCCCACUGACACACGGGAUUGCCUGCCUGCCGGCCGCCCCACUGACCCCUCCACCACAGCCCACCCAAGCCAUGGAGGCCCCGGAGGUGCCCGUGGGGUCACUGAUCGACUUCGGAACCGAGCCAUCUGCCUCCUCGCCUGUGGAGGCACUGCCUGCAAAGCUGCAGGACAGGGACGGCUCCCAGGGCUAUGACGGCUCAGAGAGCGAGACCACAGAGUCAGCGGAUAGUGAAAACGACAUGGGCGAGUCGCCCUCGCACCCGUCCUGGGACCAGUACCGCCGCUCCUCCUCCAACGAGUCCUUCUCUUCCAACCAGAGCACCGAGUCGGCCAAGGACGAGGAGACCCUGGAGCUCCGGGAGUUCAUGCGCAGCUACGUAGAGAAGAUCUUCUCUGGAGGGGAGGACUUGGACCAGGAGGAGAAAGCCAAGUUCGGAGAAUACUGCAGCAGUGAGAAUGGGAAGGGCCGGGAGUGGUUUGCUCGCUAUGUGAGUGCCCAGCGCUGCAAUUCCAAGUGUGUCUCAGAGCCGACCUUCUACCGCCUGGUGCAGUCGUUCGCUGUGGUCCUGUUUGAGUGCCAUCAGAUGGAUGACUUCGGGCCCGCUAAGAACCUCAUGACCAUGUGCUUCACGUAUUACCACAUCGGUAAACCCCACUUGCUCCCCUCGGAGUCCAAGGAGAAGCCUGCAGGGAGCAUCGACUCCUACCUGAAGUCCGCCAACAGCUGGUUGGCCGAGAAGAAGGACAUCGCUGAGCGUCUGCUGAAGAACACCAAGACGGAGAAUGUCAAGGGUUUCUUUGGAGGGCUGGAGACCAAGCUGAAGGGACCCCUGGUCAAGAAAAAUGAGGACGAUGAGAACAAGCCAAAGGAGAGGCCACAGAGGACAGUGACCGUGAGCAGCCCUGAGGAGGAAAGGAAGGGGGAGAAGAUCUACCUGUACACGCACCUGAAACAGCAGCCCAUCUGGCAUACGCUCAGGUUCUGGAACGCAGCCUUUUUUGAUGCUGUGCAUUGUGAGAGGAGAAAGCGCUCGCCCACCACCAGGGAGAAGUGGUGCCACAUGAGCCAAGAGGAACGCGAUGACAGCCUGCGGUUCCACGAGAACAUCACCUUUGGCCAGCUGGGAACAUUCACGCACAAUAUGCUGGCCUUCGGCCUGAGCAGGAAGCUGUGCAGCGACUUCUUGAAGAAGCAGGCUGUGAUCGGGAAUCUAGACGAAGAGCAAUACAAGCUGUUGAGCGACCACAUUGAGCAGAUGGCCAUCGAGUAGACCGUGGAGUUCUCCCGCAGCACCCCAGGAGGGCCAGCGACUGGCUGUCACCUCACCUGAUGACCCUGCAUGACAUCGGCAGCACCCAGAGCCACUCCAUGCUGCCCUAGAACUAGUGGUUAGAAGUCUGGUUGCCCUUCCUCCCCUCUGCCUGUGUCUGCUCCCACCACGUGCCAAAGGGUCCCUGGGAUUACAUGGCUAAAACUGAGGUGGCUGUCCAUACCCCUGCGUGUCAGCCUGUGACGUGGGACCAAGGAUGGGAGGCCAGUGCCAGGUGGACACACCAGUGUUUACCAGGGCCUCCUGCUGGAGAGCCUGUGGGAGCAUGUGGGACGCCAAGGGCAGCUGUGACCCAGGGCAGGCUGGAGAUAGUCUGGGCCCCUUCCCUCAGGUGUGGAAUCUGAGUGCGCCUCUGAGCAGAGCCCUAAGGGAGCAGCAUGGGGCCUUCUGGAGUUGGUCUGUGGCUCUGGCUUUUCUGGGCCCUCUCUCUGUGGAGUCCCAGGACCUUUAAGGAGGGAGAUACCUUAUAGGGAAGGAGCAAGCCCUGUGUGGAGAACGGCUUUCCCGGCCAAAGACCAGUUGGGCCUAGUGUGUGAGCCCCAGUGGCUUUGUUAGAACCACCCCAGUGUGGCCAGGGGUCUGUGGCAACCCCUUCCUGUUGGCCUUGGGCAGCCUCCUCCUGGAAUACCUUGUACCUGGCUGCCCUUGUGGAAGGCCAGGAAAGACAUGUUUUUUCAGUAGCUACAAGGCCACUGCCCUGCCCCAAAAUGCUGUUCACUUCACACAGGACAGAAACAUCUGUGCAAGGUGUUCUGGGCAGCUGGCGGAGGCGGCUUCUGGUGGCCAGGGAGGGAGCAGCCUCUGUGGUCUGCUUAUGGGGUGUUGGGUCCUGCACAUGUGGCAGGAAGGGUGGACACUCUUACUGCUUUCCUUCAGACUUUGUGGAUCCCCUCAUAUCCGGGAGCCCCGCUUUUCUCCCUGGGCCUGUCCCAGGUGAGCCCAGCCGCUGAGGUCUGGCCACUGCUUCCAGCAUGCACCCCAGAGCCGUGAAUGUUUGCCUCCAGCCCAGGCCCUCUGCUUCCCACCACUGCUUGUGGGCACUGGCCUGGGGUCUGUCCUGGCCCCUCUGUCUUUCCUACCUCCUUCAGCUCUCACACCUUAUAAGCACAGCACACACAAGCCUGACAGCACUUACCCAGCCUGUGCUAGAGGAGUCCUCAUACAAUGUCUCAGAGAAGGUUCGUUGAGCUGCAGAGAGAUGACGUGAGGUGUGGCACUGAGUGCAGGGUGUGAAAUGUUUCCCUCCUCAAGGAAAUGGGGAGUGGGCUACCAAAACCAGCCUGUCUGAGGGGGCAUGAGGACGAUUGGGUGAUGUUUCCCUAAACACAGCCAGGCGUGCUGCUGCUAGCCAGGCAUGCUGCUGCUGGCCAGGGCGGGCACACUGCUGCACACCCCCACGCGCUGCAUGUCCCAUGACUGCAUCCCAGAGAAUCAUCAUCAAACCUCUAUAGCAUCUUCAGGUACUUGUUUCUCCUCAACCUUGAACCCGGGCCCUGGAUGCUUUGUGCUUCUCCCGCUCUGCAGCCUCAGCCAUGGCAAGGGCUCUGCUUUUAGUUGUCAUCGUUGCUUCACUAGUCUUUUCCUAGUAGUAACUGAAACAUUUCAAGACUUCAAGGUGCCAGAAGACUUAUCCCAGUACAUCUGAGGUCUUUGUGUAGAAGUUCUGAUGGGGUCUGAUUUCCGGAGGAAGAGGAGAGAAUUCUGACUCUUUCCAGCGAGCUGGGGAGCAGGCAGCACUGUCCCCCGGAGCAGAAAGGUGCAGGACAGCUGGGCGGAGCUCUGACUUUGGACUUUGCCAAGCACUUUAUUUUCAGAAAUGACCUUGAGACUUUUUACGUGCGUCCCUAGAAAUAGCAAUUGGAAGUGGAGACCAGGACAACUUGGGUUUUUCCCUUAUGUCAUAGAUCUCAUUCCUGAGAGCUGGGGUAAGCCUGACCCCAGAGGUGCUGCCUGGCGCUCGGCCCAGAGGCUGCUCUGUCUCCUAUUGGCGGCUGCUGUUGACCAAGCAUUUCGCUGUAGAGGAUGCUGGCCGGUUUCACCCGGCGGAGGCACAGUGUCCCCAGAAGGUUGGCAGCCUGGACGAGCCAUAUUGUAUGUGUCAGCUGAGUUGCUCCUUGGAACUGACUGAGAAUGAAGUGAUUAAAAAAAAAAAGCUCAGAAAAUAGACUUUUCCAUGACCAGCCAUAAAAAAUACAUCCCAAAAGUAAUUGAUAUCCAUAUUUGCCACACUCUCCCCAUUAAAGAAAUAACCAAAUAAUUCCUGACUUACCACGUUUCUUCUUGAUGAUUUAUUCAAAAAAGCCGCCCUCGUGAGGAAGAAACAUGACUUUGACCUAUUACAAUGCCAAUCCGAAAGUAGGAAAACAUGGGCAAGGCUUUUUCAGAAUAGUGACAAUGCUGCUUCUUUGUGUUUCAUGAGCCUUUUAUUUUUUAAAGAUUUAUGCAUACAAGAGGGAGGUACAGGCCAGACGUGUGGGGGGUGAGAGGAUUCACCAGAGACAGAGUGGGGAACAGAACAGGCAGAUUGACUGAAGUACAUUGCUGAGAGGAGCAGUGGGCGAGUCAGGACAGGUCUGCUGCGCCAU